AUGUGCCAUGCGGACCAAGAGUUGAAUGCGAGCUUGACACAGACGGCCGUAAGGUUUGCCAGUAGGAUCUCGGAUACCAGUACGCCAGCUGAGCGCCAUCAGCAGAUGCCGACGGGCUGGGUUGGAGAUACGUAUCUGCUUGUUGGGCGUGACAUGCUGAAUUUCGACGCUGUGGCGUUUGAAAAGAAUCUCGACGACUACAAGGUUCUUUGCUGCACAAAGUGUCGCAGCCAGCUCGGCGAGACGUCAACCCUCACUGGAACGGGAGCUGAUGAGCCAAACACGGUCAGAUUGAACAAGUACAUGCUCGAGCGCUAUCCUAGGCGUGCGGUUACAUGGAUCGAGACGCUACUCUCCAGCUUACAGUACUCGGCGGCAUCACAUGGAUCACGACGGUUCUUGCUCCGAUCCGGCACACAGACCGAAGAAGCGGUGCAGCUGUGGCUGUUCUCGCGCUGCCUGUUGACGUCUUCUUUGACGAAUCGUUGGAACACCCUCGGGGCGCAAGACGCGCAUGCGAGCGUACGCAAGGGCAGUAGGGUCUUUUUUCGCACCGUGUCUACAGCAACAGCAGACCAACAAGUCACCGACACGAUCCACCUGCCGCCAGCCGUGUUUGGCUGGCUCAUGCAAGCUAUGCACGAGUGCAGUGCAAGCCUGCCCAACCAACUCGCCAAGGUGCUUCCCGAUUGGACUUCAGCUUACCUGGUCACCGCUCUGCCCGACCAUGACCGUGUUAGUUGA